AACGGCCAAAUGGUGAAUUGAAGGGAAGCGCUACAAAAUAUAAUUGUUUUGCAUUAUUUGAAGUGUUUUAUUGUAUUGACAAGCGAGUUAUGUAAAACUAUGUAUUCUACAAUGGAAGCGAACGAUUUUAUCGCUAAAUUGAAGGCUGACGGGUCGGCCAACGAUCUCCAUGACCUGGACAAAGUUUACGCAAAUUACAAGGAACUUUUAGAGAUAUUGCCAUCAAAAGACAAGGGAACGUUUUCUCUGAACGUUCUAUGUAUACUUUGCAGAAAUAUUGACAAAGUUCCAUCAUGGCGCGACAAGAUAGACACCAAAGCGUUGUUGACCCUAUCUAUAGACUGUGUGCGGCAGACCAGGGGCCUGGAGAAGCCUGAGCGGGUGAAGGUUCUGGCUUGUGUGUAUCAUAUACACAAGUUUAUCGUGAGACAGCCGUCUCACCCACCACCAGAGCUUGUUCUCAAACUGUCCUACAUGCCAUUUGAGUAUGAGCAGGACAACCUGCUCUCCGAGUACUGCAAGACAUACUGGAACCUACUCGCUGACCGACUCAUGUUCAUUGAAAAGUUCAAGACUGGACGCCGAGCCAUCAUCAAACUAUUACCGAAACUUAUCGAAGACAUACAGAAAGUCAUACUCAUCUAUGAUAGCGUACAAUUCUGUAAUACUAUACUAGUGUUUCUAUUAAAGAAAUUACAUUUUCUGUACAAUACUGCACAUGCUAAGGAGCUAAAUAAGAGUUUCGGAAUGAUAUUUGAAAGUUUAUCAUUGAAAAAAGAUGUGAAAUCCUUUAAGAAGUUAACUGAGAAAGAAAUGCUGGAGCUAUUUGUAAAGUUCAGUGAUUGCUUUUAUGUUAUAGCGGAAAAUGCAACGAAAUUGAAUUUUCAAGAUUCCGUUUUGACUGCAGCGGUUCGUAGCUGUAUACCCUUCAUCGGUCAUGCUCCGGAGCUAUUCCACUGUCUACAGACAUUCUACUUAAACUCAUUCUGCUGUAUAUUGACUGAUAAUGAUAAUCCCAGCAUCAAUGAGACUGUAUUAAACAGUUUGAUCAUUUCAUGUGAAACUACGGAAAAAAUGGGAUAUUUAAAAGCGAUGAGAGCAACUUAUCCAUAUAUAAAUCAAUUAUUAAGAGUGUUUAUCGAAUAUAAUUUGUCAAAGUUAACAUUAACAGAAGAAACUCAAGAAACAUGCCUUAAACUGAUAAUACUUUUACUUGAUAAGUUAAAAGAUACAGAACAGUUGUUGAAAUGCGAUAACUGUAAGAUAAAAUCAGGCUUACAUGACGCUUUACGACUGUCGUUCAUGGCUAAAAACUUUGUGUCCGUCUGCCUUAACUCAAAACUGGAUGUGAAUAUGAUUCUACAGCCGUAUCUCAUGAUUAUAAAGAAGCAACACAGCAUUUUAACCGAUCUAUGCCGUCUAGGUUGCUCAAAUCAUGAAAAAUACCUCCGUAAGCUGCAAACGGACAUACAUAACACUGCUAUACUUUUAAACAAAUCAGAGAACUAUAACUCAGCGAUACAACUGUUCGAUUUAUAUUUAAGACAUGAAUUUCUUCACUUUAAGGCGGCUCAGGACUUUAAAAAUAUAAGCAGAGCGUUAUACAACAAGAGUAUAUGUGAGUUAGACUGUAGAAUGUAUGAGAAAGCGCUCUUAGACGGGUUUUUGAGCUUAGUAUUCGCUCAACCAGAAGGACUUAGCUCGGAGAAAUACAUGGGCUUAGUCAUGGAUGUGAAGGCUAAAGCCCUCAAGGGCUGUGACGAUGAGGAGUUGCAGAUGAUAACAGUGCUGGACGCUUGCAAUGUGGCUGUUGAGAGGAAACUGUAUGGAAAUUUGAAGCCGUUCUUCAGUCAUUUGGAGUUCAACACAUUACUCCACCACGAAUUUACUCUGUAUGGUCGUCUAUGGCCGUCGCUGUCGCCUGUGGCCGGCGUGUGGCGUGCCCUACAUUUCCUCUCUUCUGGCAAGCGAUACGCUUGGAUGUGCGUUGUUACUAGUCACCCUGUAUGGUCGUCUAUGGCUGUAAUAUCGCAUGUGGCCGGCGUGUGGCGUGCCCUACACUACCUCUCUUCCGGCAAGCGAUACGCUUGGAUGUGCGCACAACCCCCCUCCCUAGACACCCUCUACUCCGUCAUUCUCCACACCCCCACCGUCGUCCGCACAAUCCACAGCGCGCAGCUGUCCGCCAUUUUGUCGUCUAUACUCGACAAGAUGGCGCGCACGGGCGACGUCAAGAUACAAGUGAUAGAGGCUACGCUGAUGUUCUUGAAGGCGGAGAUGGAUUUGACUGAUGCAGCUGUGAAAUAUGAGUGGAAGAUUAAAGAUCAGAGCAUAGACCCGGACUUGGUGCCUUGCUGCCGAACCCUGGAACAGGAGCAUAAGGCUUUAAGACCCGCUCUGCGAGGAGUGAAGCUUUGGACUGAGGUUCUGUCGCGCCUGGACGCCGUACCGCAAGAUUUCUUGACAUCACCUCUGCUCGUGUUACGCGUCAUGUUACAGCAACUGUUACACGUACGGAGCGUGUACGCGUUGCAGCUGGCGCAUGUAGCACUGCGAGUCAGUCAGCAUCUUCAAGACAGACAGGUUAGUAUUGUGUAUUAUAUCGUGUUACGCGUCAUGUUACAGCAACUGUUACACGUACGGAGCGUGUACGCGUUGCAGCUGGCGCAUGUAGCACUGCGAGUCAGUCAGCAUCUUCAAGACAGACCGGCCUACUUAGAAGCGGCUGGGGUCAUACUGUCCCGUGCGUACAGACCGAGCGAACAUUUACGUCGCAUACUGUCCGUGGCGGCCGAAUGGGCUGCUCGCAUGAUGGAGGACGAGAGAACCAGGGAGGCGGCGCUAGUCUUCUUAUGUGAUGCCGCGAUAUUCUACCACAACACAAAACAAGCAGCCGCCUCAGCGAAACUCAUCCGCGUGGUCCAGGCCGGCCUCUUAAACGAGAUAGACUCUAUGCCUAUAGCAAUAGGGCGUGUUUUAGACGCUCAGGCGCUCUAUGGGGACCUCAGUGCGAGCGUCAACGCACAGAGGCACUACCUCACUGUUGGGAACAAUGAAACCACCUGGUGCCUCCGCCAGCGCCGCUCCCUCCUCCUGAAGCAGAGCAUAUUCUCGGCCAGCCUCCGCGCGGUAUCGUUGUCCCGCUCGCUCCGCUUACGUCGGAGAGGGAGGGCCGCCGCCGCGUGCGCUCUCGGCUCCGCGUCCGCCGAGGCGAGACUCGCGGUUUGUGUCGCCGCGAUGGACCCCAGUCGGUGUGACGUGGCCAGAGUGACAAUCGACCAACGCUUAAAACACAUCGUCGGCCUUCAAUCUAACGAGUGUGCCCUCCAAAUACCGAUCCAAAACGACCCCAAAACCGCCCCCUCCACCCCCCAACUUGAGGCCGUGCGCGACGCACGCAUACCCAAGAAAUAUCAAACUAGUCCAUCUAUACCUAUUGAAUAUGUCGCCGCUUUUAAAACGCCGGAAUUUUUUGACCACGAUGCCAAAUGUGAAUGUUACGCGUGUGAAACGCCUUCAAUAUUCAUUUUGGCGUGUCAAUUGCUUGGAAUGGAAGCCAGCGUGUAUUAUAGAGGUAGAGAAUUCGAUGUGGCUAAGAAUUACUUCAACGGUGUGAUAGAAAAUUUCUGUGAUGUUGAAAGUAAGAUGAAAGCGGCUAUGAGGAAGCUUAGAGAGAAAUUUGAGAAGUAUGUGGUUGAUAUAAUUGAGAAAAGUCUUGAGAAAGAGCUAUUUAAUGUUGAAUUGGAAGUUUUGAUUGAAGCUGCGUAUUAUGAGCUUUCACAGAAAAAUUACGCUAAAUCUGAUGAUUAUAUAUAUGUAAGAAUCAGUGAAAUACUUCAAGCGGCAGAUGUAGAUGGUUAUACGAAAAAUGAAAUCAUGAAUUUGAUGACUGCUUCUGAAAUUUUAAGAAGUUCUGAUAAUAUACAAGACCGAGUGGCAGAUAUUGAGAAUGAUUUGGAAAAUCUUAAACUUACACCUACUAAAGAAAUACUUAAAACGCCAGAAGCGAAGCUUAGUCAACCGCCUGUGUUUGACAAAGUUAUUGUGAGCAAAGAUGAAUUGCCAGAUUUGAAAUGUAAGAUCCCGGCUCUUAAUUUCGAUGAGCCUGAAGAACAAAUUGUUCCAGAAAAGAAAAUUAACUUCAAAAUACCCAUCCCGAUAACUAAUAAAGCUGUACUUGAAACUAUAACUCCAAGACCAUCUCGUUCAAAAGUAAAAAUAUUAGUUACCGCACCGUAUGAAGAAGAUAUAGAUGUAGCCAUGACUCCACAGACGGAUAAGUCGAAAGCUGAAUUUUUUACUCCCUACGAAUCUACCCCGGAUCAGUUUUUCACCCCCCAAACAUCAGUCAAAACUUAUGCGAAGAAAUCUUUAAGACAGAACAUUGUUAAGAAUUUGGAGCAAGAGUUUACACGGAAAGAAAUUCCAAAAGAUUCGAAAAGGCUUUCAGAAGCUGCGAGUGUAGACGAUACAAUAGGGAAUGUUACAAAAGAUAUGAAGAGAAUUUCAAAUAAUAUAAGUCCAGAAGGCGACUCUAAAGAAAAUGCCAAACCAAAUAUACCGAAAGCACAAAAAAUAGAUACAGCAAAGAACAUUCUAGAGCCAAAAAGAGGUAGAGUGGAAACUGGGUCGCUUUCAAAAGCUGCGAGUGUAGACGAUACAAUAGGGAAUGUUACAAAAGAUAUGAAGAGAAUUUCAAAGAAUAUAAGUCCAGAAGGCGACUCUAAAGAAAAUGCUAAACCAAAUAUACCAAAACCACAAAAAAUAGAUACAGCAAAGAACAUUCUAGAGCCAAAUAGAGGUAGAGUGGAAACUGGGUCGCUUUCAAAAGCUGCGAGUGUAGACGAUACAAAAGGGAAUGUUACAAAAGAUAUGAAGAGAAUUUCAAAGGAUAUAAGUCCAGAAGGCGACUCUAAAGAAAAUGCCAAACCAAAUAUACCAAAACCACAAAAAAUUGAGGUGGUAAAGAACGUUCUAGAGCCAAAAAGAGGUAAAGUGGAAACUGGGUCGCUCCGGACUUUGAAAGACAGAAGGCUCAAGCGUUCCACCAGCCCAGGGCAUCUGCCCAAAGAGGAUGUUAAGGAUAACCCGAGGACUAGGCUUAAGAAACCGGCGGUGAAGGUCCAGAGGGAUGACAAGAAAUGACAGUUGACAGCUGUCAAAAUAUUCUAAAAUAGGGACUAUUUACAAGGUAUUUCAGUGUGUUGACACCAAAGAGUGCUUACUCCAUACAAAAAGACUAUUAUUUUCGUAGUCGACAUCUAGCGUCAAGUAGCGGAAUUAUCAGUACUGCUACUCAACAAUAGAUGUCGCGACGAACGGAAAGUCUAAUGCUCAACGAUUUUCAGCUAAUAUUAUAACCGGAACUCUAUUUUCAACUCCUGCUUAUAAUAUUAGUUGUAAAUUGUUGAGCAAUACACUUUUCGUCAGUCGCGACACAACUGACAUCUAGUGUCGAGUAGCAUUACUGAUAAUUCCGCUACUUGACGCCAGAUGUCGAAUACGAAAACAAUAGUCUUUUUUGGUAAUAAAACUAAUUGAUGUAUGGAGUGAGCACUCUGUCUACUUAAUUCUCUUUGGUUGACACAUAAUUGCCGAAGCUAACAUAAUUUUCUUAAAAUUAUCCAUAUUGACUUUUUUACAUUAAAAGCAAGUAUACCAUAGAGUUUACAGAAUGAAAGAAUGCGACAAAAUUAAAAACACGUUUUAACAUUACCGGCAACAUAGAAAACAACAUACAUAAUUUGGUCGAGUUCAUUGUUGCCCACCAAGCUUAACAAGCUUUGCUGUUUUGACAUAGCACAAACUUAGGACUUUUUAGAAGUAGGCGAAAACGAAAAGAGAGACUUAUCUUUCCUUGCUGAGAUUCAGCGAAGUUUGACGUUAAAAAUAACACUUGCACAAUCUGGGCUAGCAAAAUCGUUGCUAACUUGGUCAAACUCUACAUCUCUAUUAUCUAAUAAUAAUUAGCCUCAUGCAUGAAGUUUAUAUUUGAAUGAAAUAUGUUUUAUUCGGAUGUUUGUUACCGUUAUAUCAUGUUACAAAUGCAUUUCCGUUUUUAAAUUACCAUUUAAUUACUUAAAAUUAUAAAUAAAAAGUACAAAAAUUUGCCCGCGAAAAGCUAGUGAGCGAAACGCUCGAAACGCCACGUGACGUCACGCGUUCGACAGAUUAGUGUCAUUAGUAGCAAACGUCAGUUGGGCCGCCCAACGUGUGACGUCAUCACGCUCUGUCGAAUUCGCGCCAAAAAUUAUGAGCGUUUCAACCGCUCAAAAAUUUUCAACAUUUUAAAUCUUUUUUCAUAAAAUAAUGUUAAGGUUUACAAAAGUAUUUUUAUCAUUUCCGGUGUUCCAACGAUAUAAAUUAUGAAUCCAAAAAUAAAAAUAAAUUCAUGCAUGGAGCUAAUUGUGUUAUUUCUAAGGAUUUUAUAUUGUAAAUUGUGCCCUAGAAUUCUUUCCAAAUAAAGAAAUGUCAUUGCUAAAUAUUUGUGACGUUUUAAACAAAAAGGUACCACAUUGUCGCUUGUCGAUAAGGUUGAUUUCGAAUUGAAGCUAUAUGGAAAUAGCGCCUUAUUGACAACCGACAAUAAGUACCCUUUUGGUUGAAAAUAGCAUAUUUAUUUCUA